UCUUUGGGACGGGGAGGCCCUGGAGUUGCUCCCCUCCAUCUGCAGCUCCAGUCUUGCGGCGUGGCUGCCCUGUACAGCGUCAUGUCUCCGGUGGCGAGUCCCGAGUUGUAGGCGGCGGUGCGGGUCCUCAGCGCGUCGCGGACAGUUUUGUCCACCCACGGCUUCUGGUUGGGAAAAGUUCUGGUGGUGGCUGUUGGUGUUACGUCUUCCACCAUUUUCCCGAUAAAUCCCACAACCGCUUCCGUGAACUCGUUGAGGUCACCGUCCGAGCUGCACCGAAACAUAUCCCAACAUAUCCUAACAAGUAAGUACACAAGCACUUUAGUAAAAGUUUAUUAACUGCAUGAUCCUCUGGAUUCUUUCCUUUCCCAACCUGUUCUGUCUCUGUCGCUCAGUUCAGAUUAGCUUAGUGCUAGCAUGGCUUCUUCCACUCGCUCUCCCUCCCCCUCCCAUCUUCCUCUCUCGUCUUCUGCAAGGUGUGUGAAAUGUAUGGUUAUUACUCUGCCUCCUUUAGUGAGAGUGAGAUGUGUAGAAAGUGUAGCCUAUCCAUAGUUUUAGAGGCAAGGCCGAGUGACUUAGGCCAAGUAGAUCAUAGUCCAGUAGCCCCGACAACUAGCCAGCAGCAGUUAGCCGACCUGCCUUAGCUGAUCCUAGUUAUUUGCAAUUCUGUUUUGCGGUAAGUGAAGCCGACACCAGCAACCAUAGUCAUGAGAGAUAAGCGAGAUAAGACAUAUAAGAGUAAAAACAGUAACAUUAUAAUUCAAGUCGGCACUAAUGACACCUGGCUACGCCAGUCGGAGGUCACCAAAGCUAAUAUGGAGUCGGUAUGUAAUAAUGUAGGUAUGGCGCCGCGGACGGUCGCCUCGGAGUUUCUCUCCGCCCUGUGGACGAUCUUUUUUGCAGUUUUUGUUAGUUUUCCGGUAGUUUUCUCAUUUCAAUACACCAGAGAAGAACUCUUGAGCAUAAGAGAUACAUCUCUACCCAAUUUUCCACCACUUUUCCACAAUUCUGGAAGUUUUCCGGGGUUUUUGGUCAGAGGUGCAGCGGCUCUCUAUGGAAUUACGCGGAGAUGGAGACGCCGUCGGGGGAAGCGCGCAGGAGCGCUCGUUAGGCUGAGGCAGCGGGGGUUACGCACGGCGCUCCCGUCUAUUCACCUGGAAAACGUUCGCUCCCUGGCAAACAAAAUGGACGAACUGCUGCUUCUAAUCUCCAAAAACUCCGACUUUAGGAACUCCGCCGCUCUGUGUUUCACUGAAACCUGGCUCAGCGAACACAUCCCGGACGCUCCUCUCCAGCUGCCCGGCUUCCGCCUCUUCCGUGCAGACCGCAACUCGGAGCUCUCUGGAAAGAAGAGGGGAGGUGGAACGUGCUUUUUUGUCAACGAAGGUUGGUGUAAAGAUGUCACAGUGUUAAGGAAAUCAUGCAGUUUUCAUCUUGAGUCGUUAUUCAUAAACUGUAAACCAUUUUAUUCACCGCGGGAGUUCUCCUCGUUCAUCCUGGUCAGUGUUUACAUUCCACCUCAGGCAUAUGUAACGGAGGCGUUACAACACCUAGCUGACCAGGUAUCAGUCAUGGAGGCAAAACAUCCAGACUCCCUGCUCAUCAUUCUUGGGGAUUUUAACAGAGCAAACCUCAGCCAAGAACUUCCAAAAUACAGACAACAGAUAAAGUGUCCCACCAGGGAUGUUAAUACACCGGUCGGUGGAUGACGCAGUCAACAUGGGACUGCACUUCAUCCUCCAUCACCUUGACACCCCAGGGACAUAUGCCAGGAUCCUGUUUGUUGCUGU